AUGUCCAUCAAAACCCUAAUUGGAGUUGCUUCCAUCGGAAGUGCUGCCUGCAUCAUCGGAGCCAUAGUAUUCGUUGGCUACAUAGUUAAUGACAUCAACGACUUCUACGACAAGGCACAAUGGGAAUUGAGUGACUUUAGGGUCAACGCCAACGGCGCAUGGGACCAUAUGAUCUACUCGAUGAAGCAACAUCAUACUCGUGAAGCACGUGGUGUACUUCAACGCAGAAAGAAACAUGCAGGUGGAUCUUGCAAUUGUGAUGCAGGGCCCAAUACAUGCCCAUUAGGACCACCAGGACCACCAGGGCAACCAGGAACUCCAGGAGAUGAUGGCACACCAGGAGAUGCUGGAGCACCGGGUAACGUAGGAUCCGGAGGAUCAUAUGGAGGUGACGCAGGAAGAGGCUGCAGAAAGUGCCCACCAGGUCCGGCAGGUGACCCAGGAGCACCAGGAGCACCAGGACCAGCAGGGCCAGACGGACAACCAGGUCAGUCUGGACAACCAGGGAACGAUGGACAGCCUGGAGCACCUGGAUCUUUGGGUGAUGGAGGAGCUCCAGGACAACCAGGUCAACCAGGACAAGCAGGAGCACCCGGCCAAAAUGGCAAAAGCGGGCGAGGAAAACCAGGAGCACCGGGUCCUUCUGGACCACCUGGACCUAGUGGACAGCCUGGACAGGAUGGACAAGCUGGUGUACCUGGUCAGCAAGGACAGCAGGGACCAGAAGGACCAGCUGGAAAUCCAGGAACAGCCGGAGAUGGCGGUUCUCCAGGCACCCCCGGCGGGUCGGGACAACCUGGAGGAGACGCGCAAUACUGUCCGUGCCCACCACGAACUUCUGACGCUCCAGUGGCUGACGCACCAAAGGAUACACAGAAGCCAAGCGAAGGAUCAUACAACGGCGGUAGCACUGGUUACAGCAGGCGUCGCGCCGCAGCUAAAGUGGCCAGGAAGCUACGUAGAGCUAAGGCAGCUUAA